UCUUCUUAACUACUUUUCCAUUUCAGCGUCAAUACUACCUAAAAAAGCGUCUUCACUAUGGUGUUGCUUUGGCAGAGUGAAAGUACAAUCACCCUCUUGCUCACAGGACCCCCGCAAACGCUCAUCCCCGCUUCUGCCUUGGAGUGGAAAGACCCAGAAAAUAAUGUAAUCCAUCCUCGUGAUAGCAUUGCAAAUGGAAGCCUUUCACACCAAACCAAUUCCACCAGGUAUAUAAACUGCGCUCGCCUCCCUCAAUCCAUAUCCUCUACCAAUACAUUACUUUCCAUCACUACUCACAUCCUCGUACCCAUUCUUACUCUCAUUCUUACUCCCAUCCAUCCUUUCGUCCAUCCAUUCGUCCCUCCUAUUCCUAAAUUUUCUAUACCGAUGCCUCCCCCGAUCAUCACGAUCGAUAUCUCCAACACCGGCUCCAGCUCCUCCCCUCGAAACCCACCUCCGCCUUCUACACCCCGGUCCCCACCUGCUCCCCCUCGCAAACGGCGGCGGCGACGACCGAAGAGGAAUUCGAGACUGUUGGGAGGGCCAUUUUUGAUAGGAAGUAGAGGGGGAGAGAAGGUUUGGAGGGCGCGGAUUGUGCUUUGUUUUGCCGUUCGGUAUGGCAUAACCUGCUGCAGGGGUCUUGCACCUUUGUUGGAGGUACUAUGAGGUAAGGUGUUUUCUGGUCAUUGAUUGUUUCUAUUCUCGCCAUGAUAUGUUUCUUGAUUCUCUACUCUGACGUCUACUGAUUGGU